GGUACGGCGAGUCCGGUUUGCGGCCGACCCUUGACCUGUCCCAUACGAUCGGAUUCCCACUGCUUGCACGAAAGUCGCCGGAUCCUCACUUAAAAGCAUGGAUCUAUAUGCACCAGGUUGGGUUGAAGAUAAAAAGACAUCAUAAAUAAUAAAAUAUAGUUGAAGACCGGUUUUUUAUUUUCUGACCUAAUCAAUCCUCGUUUUCGAGUCCGAUUAUUACCUAUUACUACUGUCAGCGCAGGUUUGUUUGGCUCAACUGCUGAGUGCAGAGUGUGUGAAUUGGCAUUGCCCCUCCCGUCUGCCUUACUCUUCUUCGUCUGCUCGUCUCGCUUCGCUACUUCUUCUCUUCUCCCAUCAUCGGCUUUUUCUCUUCUUCCCUCCUUUUUCGGCCGUCUGGCCUUUUUCUUUCCUUCAUACGCUUCGUUCUUUUCUACUCCAACUAUUCUUUGUUUUAUACGAUUCCGUCUCGCGCACGCUCGCCCACAUCCUAAUCCAGACACCCUUCCACUGUUCCGGUUUGAUCGACUCUGAGCCUCUGGAAGAGAGAUAUCUAGGAAACCACCGAAACCACUGUGGUUGUGGAGAUCACCCCGGAAGACAAGAUCGCUGUGGGCGACUGCCGCUUGAUGAACGUUCUAUGCUAUUGACCAACUGCUACUUUUUCAUUCCUUCUUGGCCAUCAUAUCAACAGGAAUAAUGCCGACCGUCUUACUGCCAUCAUCGGCCGCUGCUUUUGCGCCGCGGUCGUCGCCUAACGUGGUGCUGAAUUCUCGGAUCGAGCCCUGGCUCACGGCCGCCUUGAAACGAGUAAACCGGGUGAAGCGACCUUUGAAUAACGUCGCGCAGCAUACGAGGUGUCUGACCGAGACUCUUUCGUCGGCGAACGCCAUCUGGAAUCUCUGCUCGAUGAUGCUGCCCAAAGCUCCGGAGUCCGAUCUGCGCAAGGACGAGAACCCUCUCGUAGAGGCCAUAUUCAACUACCAGAUGAUUCAUAUUGAAGCAUACGUGGUACAUGUUGAUAUGGUAUCUCAGAACGAGGUCGCGUUCAAACUCACGCCAGAGACGAUCGAGGCGCUUGUCGAACAUCACAAGGAGGUCUACUCGAUUGACGCCGCCGCUAAUACAUGGGACUGGGCUGAGAAGGACAAUCAGCUGAAGAAGCUGCAGGAGGAAUUUAUCCAGGCAGCCAACAAGUUUGUUUACCGCACCAGCGCUCAAGCUCUUGAGGGGCUAGAGGAAGAUGGCGCGGGAGAGCUGCUUGGUGGUAGGAGUGAGGAUGCGAAGAGCGCGAUCUUUGCUCUGUUCGUCCCCCUGCUCCCGCCGCCUCCUCGCGUAGUUGAUGUCCUUCGUUCUACACCGUUGCUUCCCAGCUCGACAGGACCCGAGACCUGGUGGCAUGACUCGAUGCAACAGCCGGUAUCAAUGGACUCAUGGAAAGUACUGCCAUCCAGCCCAGCACCUGUUACAACUGCGGAUGCAAACUCGAGUAUGUGGACUGGGCUGAAUGGUAUGUCUGACAUGCAGAUGGUCUCCACGGCUCCUACGACAUCGGCCUAUAGUCAAGCCUAUACCACAUCGCCUUACAAUACCCUGCAGUACUACAGCGCCGCAGCCACAUCGGCCGCGCUGGCAGCGCUCCCACUGCCGAGUAUGCUCGUUCAGCCCUGCAGCACAGCGGCGAACAUGACGGGCUUUGGGUGGGGCGACCGCUAUCAGGAUCUUGCGUUGCCGUACGGCACGACAAUGUAA